GGGUCUGGGGGUACACAUGCCGGUCUCUUGCUUCCUAAGGACCUCAUUACCCAUUUCUCUGCACCAGUGUUUGGGGAUCCAACCUAUCUGUGCCUCCGUUAGCCAGGAGCCUCCGGAUCUUUCCAGAUUUCUUUGCAAUACUGCUUGAUGCACUGAAUCCAUUUCUCUCCUAGCCUGGCGCUUAGGAGGCAGGCUGGCGCUCCCUGGCUCUGCCUUCCCCAUCUCCCUGUCUUUUCUCCCACGGCCCAUCUGCCCCUCCUUUCCUCCCCCCCUUCUCCUCUCUGCUCCCCUUUAUUUCCACUCCCCACCCGCGUGGCUUUGCUCUCCCUCUCCCAGCUCAGCUCGUCUGUAUUAGGAGCUCCGGAAGCUGCCGGCGACUCUCCCCGGGAGCAGCGUGACUGACACGGACUCCUACAGCCGGGAGGAGGGAGAAGGGAGGAGAAGGGGAGGGCCGCAGGAGGAGGGUGUAGUGGCCGACCACGGAUUUGCGUUGCCGAGGACGGGACCCCGGGGCAGCGAAGCAGACAAUCUCGCUCUGUCACCAGGCUGGAGCGCAGUGGUGCGAUCUCAACUCACUGCAACCUCCACAUCCCAGGUUCAAGUGAUUCUCCUGCCUCGCCCUCCCAAGUAGCUGGGACUACAGGGUCUCAUAUUUUGACCCAGGCUGGAGUGCAGUGGGGUAAAUAUGGCUGCCUCGACCUCCCAGGCUCAAGAGAUCCUCCUGCCUCAGUCCCUUAAGUAGCUGGGACUAUAGAAUGGCCGACAUGCAGGGACUGGUGGAAAGACUGGAACGAGCUGUCAGCCGCCUGGAGUCUCUGUCUGCUGAGUCUCACAGGCCCCCUGGGGACUGCAGGGAAGUCAACGGUGUCAAUGGAGGUGUGGCACCCUCCGUGGAAGCCUUUGACAAGCUGAUGAACAGUAUGGUGGCUGAGUUUUUAAAGAACAGUAGGAUGCUUGCUGGAGACGUGGAGACCCACGCAGAAAUGGUGCACAGCGCUUUCCAGGCACAGCGGGCAUUCCUUCUGAUGGCCUCUCAGUACCAACAACCCCACGAGAAUGACGUGGCCACUCUUCUGAAACCCAUAUCGGAAAAGAUUCAGGAAAUCCAGACUUUCAGAGAGAGAAACCGGGGGAGUAACAUGUUCAAUCAUCUUUCGGCCGUCAGCGAAAGUAUCCCUGCCCUUGGAUGGAUAGCUGUGUCCCCCAAACCUGGUCCUUAUGUCAAGGAGAUGAAUGACGCUGCCACCUUUUACACUAACAGGGUCUUAAAGGACUACAAACACAGUGAUUUGCGCCAUGUGGAUUGGGUGAAGUCAUAUUUGAACAUUUGGAGUGAGCUUCAAGCAUACAUCAAGGAACACCACACCACCGGCCUCACAUGGAGCAAAACAGGUCCUGUAGCAUCCACCACAUCAGCGUUUUCUGUCCUCUCCGCUGGGCCUGGCCUUCCUCCACCCCCUCCUCCUCCGCCUCCUCCAGGGCCACCUCCACUUUUUGAGAAUGAAGGCAAAAAAGAGGAAUCCUCUCCUUCACGCUCAGCUUUAUUUGCCCAGCUUAACCAGGGAGAAGCGAUUACGAAAGGGCUCCGCCAUGUCACAGAUGACCAGAAGACAUACAAGAAUCCCAGCCUGCGGGCUCAAGGAGGGCAAACUCGAUCUCCCACCAAAAGCCACACUCCAAGUCCCACGUCUCCUAAAUCCCAUCCUUCUCAAAAACAUGCCCCUGUGUUCGAGUUGGAAGGAAAGAAAUGGAGAGUGGAGUACCAAGAGGACAGGAAUGACCUUGUGAUUUCAGAGACUGAGCUGAAACAAGUGGCUUACAUUUUCAAAUGCGAAAAGUCAACUCUUCAGAUAAAAGGGAAAGUAAACUCCAUUAUCAUAGACAACUGUAAGAAGUUUGCCCUGGUGUUUGACAAUGUGGUGGGCAUUGUGGAAGUGAUCAACUCCAAGGACAUUCAAAUCCAGGUAAUGGGGAGAGUGCCCACAAUUUCCAUUAAUAAGACAGAAGGUUGCCAUAUAUACCUCAGUGAAGAUGCAUUAGACUGUGAGAUCGUGAGCGCCAAGUCAUCUGAAAUGAACAUACUUAUCCCUCAGGAUGGUGAUUAUAGAGAAUUUCCCGUUCCUGAACAGUUCAAGACAGCAUGGGAUGGAUCCAAGUUAGUCACUGAACCUGCAGAAAUUAUGGCCUAACUUCCCCGAGAGACGGAACCUCUUCAGCUGAAUACCUGAAUCCCCCUAUCAAACAAACAAAAAAGCAGCAGUAAAGAGCUAGAAGUUGCAGUAGCCCCUACUGCGUUAGCUUUGGCCUCCAGCGAUUCUGUGCUAUAGACACAGCACUGUUUCUGGCACGCCUCGUGGGCAUUUUGAAAUAUUUAACAUUUCCUCAUUAUUUGCCUUUGUGUGUGAUUUUAGUUCCACGUGAUGACUUGUGAACAUUAUGGAUUUAAAGGAAAAAAAAAGAAUUUUGUUCCCCUCAUAUCAGGAACACAGUAAAUAAUAGGUAAAAAGACUGCAUGAUUCACUUUUACACUUAUGUUUCAUUGCUAGUUAAAAAAUAAUACCUUUGAGAAUCUAAGAUGUACAUUUUUACCUUUUAGACAAUUUCAAUAUAACAUAGAAGCAGUAGUGUGCCCUGAAAAAUGUACACAUUUUUUCUUAUUGUUACCACAUGUUCAGCAUUAUCAGCGUGGAUAUCAUCAGCAUGAGUACAUAUUUCAACCCACACUUUUGCAAGAUAUGAGUCCAUAUUAAGGACCAAAUUCCGUUUCUUGGUCCUUCAAAGACCUGUAUUCUCUGUAGUUACUCAAAACUGAAAAUAAAUUCUGAUUAUAAUUAUCCAUCUUAAAUAUUUUUCCACCAUGUCAUCUGAAAACUUACUUUUCUUGUGCAUAAGAGAUUCUUAUGCCAAAACAUUCAUCAGGAGAAAUCGUUUUGGCUAUGGAAUACCUCGCAACUCUGCUCUAAAAUCAAGCUCAGUUAUUGUUUUCCAAGUUUGAAGCUGUUAAAUAUCAGAUGCCUUGUAAAUUAUGUCUUUCAUGUUUUAUUAUAGACUGAUUUCCUCCUUUCCACCUGCCAGACUUGCUAGCCAGGCCCCAAAGUGAACAUGAAAAAGCCAUACAUGUAUACUUCUCUUAAAACCUAAGGCGUUGUCUGUUGGUUUGGCUUGCUGCUUCUAUUUUGUAGUCUUGAUAGUAGAUGCUGCUUCAGCGUAAGAGUAGCUGUGCUAUUCCUUUGUAUCUUCUCAGUACGUAGUGCUGAAAAUCUGCAACUUCUUGGAUCACAUUUAAUGAAUUAUAGUCUAAUGCUUGCAGGCCCAGUACAAGCAUAUAUAUUGUGCCUAUUACAGCCUUUGGGAUACAUCCUUUCCGUUUUUUAAAUACCUUCUAUAUCCAUAUAGUAUUCAAAUUAUUAAUGCUCAUGUAUCUAGGUUUUUGCUAUAAAAGUUUUGUCUGUAUGAAUAAUGUGGCUUUAGUAAAUAAUCAUUUUUCAACUGUAAACUUAUUCUGAAAUAAAGUAAAAUUCUAAUUGUUUAAAAA